AUGUUCUACGUGGAACACUUUUUCGAUCUAAAGGAGGUGGAGCACAGUUUGGAAACAGGCAAUACGAGCCAACCGGUCUGGUCUCGACAAAGGCGUGUCCUCCUGACUGCCGAUGACGCGGCGGUUUUUCACGAGGCCAAAUCUCAAUACUCUAGAUAUGAAUUUAUUGGCGGACUGAGAAACGGAAGUUCCAUUAAGAAUCGUGGAUCUAGCCAAGGCGUGUUUGACAUGAAUCUGGAUCUGCAUCUUUUGAUUGCGGCUGACUUCAUUGUCUGUGCAUACACUUCUAACUCAGUGGAUGAGAUGUAUUCAGCCCAAUUCACACAUAAGCGCUGGUGGAGAGCCAUUGCGGACUUUGAGCGAGAGGACGUGAAGCUGGGAGAUGAAGUUUCUAUCGAAUCAACCCAAUGGGAUGGAUUCGUGCAAGCGGAAUGGAAGUUGAACGGAACCCGCAAUAUUAAACUGCCGGCAUACCUAUUUCACGAGAUUGUUGAAACCAUCCUCUAA